AUGCUCAAGAGAUACCACAUCUCUCUAUAUCAAAAUAUUUUAUUCCUCUUCGCUUAUUUCCUUUCAUUCUCUCAUUUAGACCUUUAUCCAUUUCUAUCUCACUCUCUCCUCUUUUUUAGUAGUCUUGAAAAUUUUUCAAUGCCAAGACAUCUUCCUUUCUCUGUGCCUUUCUUUCUUCACUCAAUAUUUCUCACUCUCUCUUUAACAUCUAUCCUCUCUCUGUUUAGUUUACCUUUCUUACUCUCUCACACACAGCCACUCCUCACUUUCAAGAUUUUAUUCUUUAUUUUCUUUCUUCUUUCUUUCUCAAUUUUUAACACUUUCUCUUUAAUAUUUCAGUAUCUCCCUUCUCUCUACUAUUGUUGUUUCUACAUUUCCUGCUCAAUGUCUUCCAAUAUCACUUUAAUAUGUUUAUGUCUAUCUCUUCCCUUUGUUUUUUCUUUCCAUUCCACUCUUUCACAUUUAAUCUCCUCUGUUUUCUCUUUCUCUUCCACACUUAAUAAUUCUCACACUCUCUUCUCCUUAUCACUCAAUUUUCAUUGUUCUAUCUCAGCUUUGUUUUCACUUCCUCUUCCUCACUCAGUAUGUCUCACUCUCUUUUUAGUAUCUUCAUUGUUCUAUCUCCUCUGUUUUCUCCCCUCCUCUUCCUUAUUCAAUAUGUCUUACACUUUCUUUAAAAUCUCCAUUGUUCUAUCUCCCUCUCUUAGUUUUCUGUAG